AUGCACAUGCUCGCAGAAUGUGAGAGAAUCCUCGGUGAUGGUCUAUUACGGUUACCUUCACAGCACAACUACCGCUAUGGCCCGAAAGCGGAACGGGACCUGCUAGAGCUUCUCUUCCGGUCGCUCGUGGGGCAUAAUGAAGAGCUCGUAGCUCAUCUAUUCCCGGAUGGUACACCGUCGGGGUCAUGGAAAUUGGCCGAAGCGCAAGGUGCUCGCGAAGGCGCCGAGUAUAGCGAAGCGGCCCGAGGCAAGCGAUGCGGGCACAUCUUCCGAGCCGGGGAAGCGACAUAUCGCUGCGUAACUUGUGCUGCUGAUGAUACAUGUGUGCUGUGUAGCCGUUGCUUUGACUCCUCAGACCAUACGGGUCAUCAGUAUCAAAUCUCGCUCUCGUCUGGUAACUGUGGCUGCUGCGACUGUGGAGAUGAUGAAGCGUGGCGGUUGCCGCUCUUCUGCGCGAUUCACACCGACAGUGGAAACGUGAAAGGAAAAGAGCGCGCAGAGCGAGAGCUUCCCCCAGAGUUGGUUGCUACGAUUCGACUGACCAUCUCCCGUGUCCUGGACUACUUCUGUGAUGUCAUAUCUUGCUCGCCCGAGAACUUGCGUCUAGCGAAGACGAUGGAGGGUAUCAAGCAAGAUGAGGAAGCGUCUCGAUUGCGACCAGGCUGGUAUGGUGCGGGUGACCAGGAGGAAGAAGAGCCCGAGUUCGCUUUGAUGCUCUGGAACGACGAGAAGCAUACCAUUCGAGACGUGGCUCAUCAAGUCACCCGUGCCUGUCGCGAGCGAGACAGCUUCGGUGUUGCUCGAGCUCACGAAACCAAUGAUAUUGGUCGAAGCGUGAUCAAGUACUCGAAGGAUCUGCAACGGCUGCUGGCAGUGUCCAAGAUCAUUGAGGAGAUCAAGGUUACAGUCUCUGUUCGGUCUGCUCGCGAUACGUUCCGGGAGCAGAUGUGCGGCGCGAUCGUUGAAUGGCUCGCAGAUAUUGCUGGCUGCAGUAUCCUCGAUGAUAACGAGAUUUUCCGUCAGAUCAUUUGUGAAGAACUGCUCAGCCCUUGGCGAAAGGGGAGCGGUGCUUACAACGCAGAUAUCGGUAUGAAGGGCAUCGAUGACCACCAGGAGACAGAAAAUCAGCUCCCAGGUCGCACCGUUUUGCUCACACUCCCUCCGCAUGGGCAAAUUGUUCUCGCGACGACUGAUGAGGACGAGGAUGAAGAGGGAGACGAUGGCAAUGAGCAAGACGAAGACGAAGACUACGUCGAAGCUCAUGAUGAUGCGGAUGACGAAGACGACGAUAUGGAUAUGGAACUCGCCCGCCUUCAGGCCGAAGCAGACGGAGACGACGAUGAGGAAAUGGAUAUGGGCAAUGAAGAGGAGCUGGCCCUGGCGGAACACAUCCUGGCCGGAUUAACUCGCGCACAAAAUCUUGCUCCUCGCCCGGCUCCGCAACCGACCGAAGACCAGCCUGCUCAGCAGGAUGAAACUAGUGCCAUCACUUCCAACGAGGUUGAAGGCCAGCCAUCCGCUCCCGAGAGCUAUGUUUCUAUUCCAAAGACCCCAUCAGGUGUGAUCAGACCUCCUCCCGCUAGGACUGAAGGCCACUGGCAAGUACGGCCUCCCAUGCCUGCUGUCGGCGAAAAGGUUGCACCUUAUGAGGACCUCUGGCAACGUACUCGCCUAGACUGGCUGGUUCUUUUCGACCUGAGGCUGUGGAAAAAGACCCGCACGGAUCUGCGGGAUCUCUACAUCAGCACUGUGGUCAAUGUGCCUCAAUUCAAGCGCAUCAUGGGUCUACGAUUAUCCGCGUUGUACACAGCACUAGCGCAACUCUAUCUCAUUGCAGACCGAGAGCCAGACCACUCCAUCGUCAACCUCUCCCUCCAACUGCUCACGACACCUUCUAUCACCGAGGAGAUUGUGCUACGUGGCAAUUUCUUGACCAAGGUCAUGGCAAUUCUCUAUACAUUCCUGACGACACGUCAGGUGGGCGAACCCCAGGCUGUCAACCCGAAUGCCACAUUGGCGUUCGAUGCCGGUUCCGUCACGAACAGGCGGCUGUACCAUUUCUUCCUCGAUCUGCGGUAUCUCCUUCAAUCCGAGUAUGUUCAACACCGUGUGCGAACCGAGGAACAGUACUUGCCGCAGUUCCUGGAUUUGGUCAAGCUUUCGCAGGGUAUUUGCCCCAACGUGCGCGCUGUUGGCGAGCACGUUGAAUAUGAGACAGAUGCCUGGAUCAGCGCCUCGAUCCUCAUGCGAGAAAUCAACCGCCUUUGUCGACAAUUCUGCGAAUCUUUCCGGAACCCGGAGAUUGAUAAUGGUCAGAACUUGUUGCGAGCCAUCAAGACGACCACUAUGACCGCAAUCAUUCACUCCGCGGGCGUGGAGCGUAAGCGCUUCGAUCAAGCAGAGAUCAAAGAAGAGGUCAAAUUCAAGACUCUCCCUCCGUUCGACUUCGAAAUGGGUUCGUCUGGGCAAGUUCCAUGCCACCGCGUGGUCGAAUUCGCGGUUGAGAAGGGGUCAAUCAGUUUCCACCAUGCAAUUCACUAUACCCUGUCGUGGUUGAUUGAGUGUGGUCGGGGUGUGAGCAGCGAGGUAAUGCGAAAUGUCUUGUUUGAAGCCGCCCAGAAUGCUAGGGCAGAGCUCCACGCUGCCAAGGUCGCCGGCAAACAAAUCGAUGAUAACCUUCUGGCGCUUGGCCCGGAGGAUCUUCUUCUGACCAUGUUCGACUACCCCCUGAGAGUCUGUGCCUGGCUUGCUCAGAUGAAAGCUGCCAUGUGGGUCCGCAAUGGUCUGAGCCUUCGUCACCAGGCAUCACAGUACCGUGGUGUUUCCUCUCGGGACUUUGCCUACUACCGUGACAUUUUCCUGCUGCAGACGGCAAUGGUGACCUGUGAUCCCAGCAGAGUCCUCGCGUCUAUUGCUCAUCGAUUCGGCAUGGUUGAUUGGAUGUCUCGGAACUAUAUGCCCCGGACUGGUUUCGAGGAUACUCAGAUCGUGGACGUCGCCGAGGAGUUUGUCCACUUGCUGGUCAUCUUGCUGACCGAUCGCACCUCGUUGACAGCUAUCGAUGAUAGCACUCAUCUGACCAAGGAGAAUAUCAGCCGUGAUAUUGCCCACGUGCUGUGCUUCAAACCCUUGUCUUUCUCCGAUCUGUCUACCCGUCUGAGCGACAAGCUGCUGGAUUCAGAUAUGUUCCAAGAUGUGCUCGAAGAGGUCGCCAACUUCCGUCCCCCAGAAGGUCUGAGCGACUCCGGAACGUUUGAGCUGAAGUCGGAGUACUUUGAUCUUGUGGAUCCAUACAGCGCGCACUACACCAAGAACCAACGGGAUGAAGCAGAGAACAUCUACAAAGAAUGGAUGGCUAAGAAGACAGGUAAAAAGGCGUCCGACAUUGUUUAUGAGCCGAAGCUUCGACGCAUCAGCUCAGGCGUAUUCUCCGAUUUGCCACGCUUCACGGGGACUAUGCUUUUCGCACAACUUGUUCACCAGUGCCUCGAGUAUGUCAUUUCAUUCAAGGAGUGCACUCCUGCCAUUCCCCCAACCCGCGUGGAGACGUUCCUCCAGGUCAUUCUGCACCUCGUGCUCGCUGCCGUGCUGGAAGACAACUCUGAAGAUGGCAGCAUGGAGAUGGAGCAGAGCCAAUCAUUCAACUUGCAUGCCAUGUCCAAGGCCCGAGAGAUCAAAGCAGGUAACUUGACCAUCGUUGGUCUUCUGGAAAGAAUAUCGGUGACCAACGAAUUCUCUGCCUGUGGUCCCAAGAUUCGUCACAUUCUCAAGCGCCUGUGGCAGAAACGCCCUCGGACCUAUACUUCGGCAACUGCGUCUCUCAGAUUCCCCUUCGAUCGCAUUGACACGAACUCACCCGCCAUCGAUAUCGAAAAUGAGAAGGAAAUAAAGAAGAAGCAGGCGUUGGAGAGACAAGCUCGUGUGAUGGCUCAGUUCCAGCAACAGCAACAGCAGUUCCUCAACACCCAAGGAGACAUUGAUUGGGGCGAGGAGGACUUUAGUGAUUCGGAACCAGAGGCACAAACUUCUCACGAGGCCAAGGUUUGGAAGUACCCGAGCGGGACGUGCAUUUUCUGCCAGGAUGAGACCAACGAUUCGAGACUCUAUGGUACUUUUGCCUUGAUUCAAGAUAGUACCAUCUUGCGGCAGACCGACAUCAGAGACUCUGACAGGAUCCGCGAGGCUCUCGGGACCCCCACAAGCUUGGAUAGAUCCGCCGACGGUAUUCGGCCGUUUGGAGUUUCGGGAGAGAACAGGACGACCAUUCGUCGAUUGGACUCCUCUGGCGGUGAGGUCAUCAGCGAAAAGGUUGGUCUUAGUAAGGGUUUCAACCCGAAGAGCACUCUGCGUGGACCUGUGACAACCGGCUGUGGCCACAUUAUGCAUUACUCGUGCUUUGACGUCUAUUACAACGGAACUCAAAGGCGGCAUAGCCAACAGAUUGCCCGCCAUCACCCUGAGAACAUCACGCUCAAGGAAUUUGUGUGCCCGCUGUGCAAAGCACUCGGCAAUGCGUUCUUGCCAAUCACAUGGAAAGGCAAGGAGGAGUCGUAUCCCGGCGCUCUCAACACUGCGCUGCCGUUUGAUGAGUGGAUAAGUACAGGGCUCAAGAGCGCCCUCAACCAGUCGCAGAACUUCCCAGUUCUAAUGAUCGAGAAGGACAAGGCGUACCAACAGCCUUAUUCUGACUUGUUUGUCGACUACUUAUCCAAGACCCUCACGCCGCCUCUGUCUUCAAGGGUUGGUCAGCUAAUGACCUCCUCAUUGUCAUCAGCUGGAGCAUCUCACCCCUUGGCAUCGGCUCCGCGACUGGCUAUGCCGGGCCUUUUCCCUACAACCGGCGAAGACUUGGCACCAACGAGCCCACUCCAACAGGUUUCGACUCCUUCGGAUAGCCCCAUGACGGAGCUUCUGCAGAUCUACAAGCGUCUCAAGAAGACACUCAAGAUGAACCACAUCAGCUCCAUCUUCAAUAGCCCGGAAUCCAUGGUCAGUGAUGAUUUUAUCCACACGGACUCGUUGAUCCGCAGCUUCGGGUUCAGCAUUGCGUCCGUGGAGAUUGCUCAGCGUGGUAUCGAGUCGGAGCCUGGGUCGACUCUCCUGGACAAAAUUCCGCCCUUGAGCUUGACGCAUCUCCGCAUCUUGGCAGAGACAGCUUUGACUUAUACAGCGGUGGGGUGUGUCCACUCAAGCAACAGCCCGAAGAGUCGACCCACCCAUGAGUUCCAGGAAAUGCAUCGGCAGAAGCUUUGCCAACUACUCGUCGGACAUCCUUGUUUAAGCGGCACGCCCCUGCUGAAUGAUGUUAGGAACAUCGAACCGCUGCUCGCUAUGGAUACCUUCGUGUUCUUGGCUGAGUGCUCGUUGUCAUUGCUACCCGUUCUCCGCAUUGAUGUGCGCCACCUCGUUCAUAUGUGCUAUGUGGCUGAAAUUGUCAAAGUUGCCGUUACCUUCAUCCUAUGGCCUCUGGGUCUAAAGGAGGAGCUUGCACACCAGGGCGAGGAGGAUCUUGCUGGCUCUGAUCUUUCCGACGAUCGGUAUGGUGUAACAAGGCACUUUUUCGAUGCCAUCGUUGCUGAACUCAAGGCCAACUCUGUUGGCCGCGCCGAGGGUUCCUCGUUCCCGGCUGAGAGUGGCUACGUGAAGAAUGGAGAAGAGUCAGCUACCCCGAGCAUCAUCAUUGCCCUGCAUCGCCUUGUCUCAAGCUACGCCUUGACAUUCCUGCGCAAAGCCGUCAUCCUUCUCCAUGUACAGCAUGGUGUUGAUUUCCCCAAUACUGGCUUUACUGAUCUCGCCGCGUCAGAACUUGACCGUUUGACCAAGGCUCUCAACCUGCCCACGCUCGAUGAGAUACUCAUGUCUGUCAGCCCUGCGCGAAAGAGCAAUAGCCCCUUCGACGCUGUCAUCUCUGGGUGGAUCUUCCAUUGGAAUGCGUCGCGCUCGGGUAUUCGCUUUGAAGACCACCGCCUGUGGCCUAGUCUUCCCCACCCGGCGAUCUUUGAACUUGUCGGUCUCCCCAAGUUCUUCGACAGUUUGAUCGAGGAGGCCAACAGACGCCGCUGCCCGAACUCGAAGAAGGAGCUCAGCGACCCGAGCAUCUGUCUGUUCUGCGGUGACAUCUUCUGCUCGCAGGCGGUCUGCUGUAUGCACAACAAGCUGGGCGGUUGCAACCAGCAUCUGCAAAAGUGUGGCAAGAACAUCGGCCUCUUCAUCAACAUCCGCAAGUGCACUGUGCUCUACCUGCACAACCACAACGGCUCCUGGCACUAUGCCCCUUACCUCGACCGUCACGGCGAAGUUGACCCCGGCCUCCGCCGCAAUCGCCAGCUUAUCCUUAACCAGAAGCGGUACGACAGACUCCUGCGCGACGUAUGGCUGUCACACUCGAUUCCUGCCACCAUCAGUCGCAAGCUGGAGUCGGAGAUGAACAAUGGCGGAUGGGAAACGAUUUAA